GAUCGAAAGUGGGCAGGUCGAGGCACACAGACCUCUUCACCACAUCCGGUACAGGCGGCUCGGUAUUGUUCGGCGAGCGCGAGGAUCUUCAUUCGGUUGUGUAUCUGCAAUAUAAAUCUGUUUUACAGAGCGAACAGUGGGGAAAUAAGGUUCGGGAUUUAGUAGUGUUUGGUGUACACAUGGCUGUUAGAAGGGGACACAUAAGAUACCUGAAGGUUUGUGAGGUGCAGAGCCAGGGUAAUGACAGAGAUUUGCAGCAGCUUAGCAAGGGAGCCAGCAUGAAGGACGCCUACAACAUCCCUAACGGUUUUGAAAGCCACUUGGGAGACGAGCCAAAAGAUGCUAAAACAAACCUGAUAGUCAAUUACCUGCCACAGAACAUGUCGCAGGAUGAGCUGCGCAGUCUGUUCAGCAGCAUCGGUGAGGUGGAGUCUGCCAAACUUAUUCGGGACAAAAUGGGAGGCCACAGUUUAGGGUACGGAUUUGUUAACUAUAUUAACCCUAGUGAUGCAGAAAGGGCAAUCAGUACUCUCAAUGGGCUGAGACUACAGUCUAAAACUAUCAAGGUCUCUUAUGCCAGGCCAAGCUCUGACUCAAUUAAAGAUGCCAAUCUUUACAUUAGUGGCUUGCCCAAGACCAUGACUCAGAAAGAUGUGGAAGACUUAUUUUCCCAGUAUGGACGCAUCAUAAACUCAAGGGUGCUGGUAGACCAGGCUUCAGAUGAUAUAACAUAUCCCAUUCCAGGCUUGUCACGUGGAGUCGCUUUUAUUCGCUUUGACAAGAGAAUUGAAGCAGAAGAUGCCAUCAAAGGUCUGAAUGGUCAAAAGCCCCCUGGAGCAUCUGAGCCCAUCACAGUAAAGUUUGCAGCAAAUCCUAACCAGGCAAAGAACUCCCAGCUGCUGUCCCAGUUCUAUCACACACAGUCUCGGCGCUUUGGAGGCCCUGUUCAUCACCAGACUCAGAGGUUCAGGUUCUCACCAAUGAGUGUAGACCACAUGAGUAGUGUUUCGAGCAUGAACGUAUCCGGGAGCUCGACCCCUGGCUGGUGCAUUUUUAUUUACAACCUGGGACAAGAUUGCGACGAAGGCCUGCUGUGGCAGAUGUUCGGCCCAUUCGGCGCAGUCACCAACGUCAAAGUCAUCCGCGACUUCAACACCAACAAAUGCCGAGGCUUUGGUUUCGUCACGAUGACCAAUUACGAAGAGGCCGCCAUGGCCAUUGCCAGCCUCAACGGAUACCGUCUGGGAGACAAGGUCCUGCAAGUCUCCUUCAAGACCAGCAAGUCUCACAAAUAAAAGGACAGAAAGUAUUGCUUUGGGUUCUAAGAACUUACACUCUUUCUUCUUUUUUUUUUUUUUCGUCCCUUCCCUCUUACGUCCUUGAUUGUCUGAGUAAAAAUGGCUAAUGUAACUUUGUUUAAAUAAAUAGUUUAGUAGUAGUAGUAGUACUGUGUAUUAAUCUGGGAUUGAACUAACUAGCUCAAAAGAGUGGGCUACAUGGCCUAACACUUUUAUCUUCAUAUGUUUAUAGUUUUUGUAGUGUUCAUCACUGUUUCAUUUACUAUUUGAAGCAUCACACCAUCAGUAAAUGUUACCUAGGGUCAUAUUGCAGUAUAUGUCAUAUCCCAGCACUCUUCGUCAUUGUGUCGCUUUUCCUGUGAUUGAACCUUUUGUUGUGGUGGGGGGAGGAGGGGUAUUUCCUUGAGUCAUUCAGACAAUUAUGGCUGAUUGAAUCAGAUGCUGAUGGUCAAUGUCGCAUCUGUGUGGCUCCAUAUGAACAUAAUUCCACCAUUUUAAGUUCUCGAAUCGUUCAGUUUGCUUUGCUAUACGAUGGCACAUUUGAGAAACCUAGAGUGUGCAGACCUUAUUGUAUAGCCCUUGUAAAUAUUUAUUCACCCACCCACCCACAUAUCCCCCAGGGUAAAGUGAUUUAAGUUUGAAGGACCAAAGAAGCUGGAGAGUAUGCAUUAUUUUGCUGAUUUAUGCAAUCGUGUUAGAAGCUUUUUUGCUGUAUGAAUAAUUAUUUUGCCGUUCAUAUAAUAGUUUGUUUUGCAAGAUUUUCUUUUAUCCACAAACCUAAACAAACUUUUCUGCAUCAAACCUUUUUCUCAAGCAUUAUGCAACUCUCCUACAUAGUGGAAUUGGUCGUUAUUUUUAUUUUGAAAGUACGACAGCUUCGCUAUCCUCACACAAGCUGUCAGUAUGUCAUUUGUUGAAGAAAAAGCUGUCCAGUCAGUGGAGUCUUUUUUUUUUUUUUUCUUCCCUACUUGUUCUAUAAUGUAGUCUUUAACUUACACAGACUGUAUAUAUUUUGCCAUGCUUGGUGAGAUUUAGUGUAAUGAAUAACUGAAUAUCACAACAGAAUAUUAAACAUUUAUUGAUGUAUUUUUUGGGGGGGGGGGUAUAAACACAUUGAGGUUUAUGCUCACAGUAGACAGUCAUGCCUGUCUAGUUUAAGGUGAAUUAGUUUCUUUAUUAUUAUUUUUUCCAUCAUAUGCAUGUUCAUUUGACGUUCUUUAGCUGUGGCUUUGACAUCAUGCAGCGUACGUGUUUCACAUCUGUCUACUUCAUCAGAAGUAUGCUCUGAUCUCUUGUGUAUGGAUCUUUUAUGUAUUUACAAAUAAACACUAUUGGUUUGUUGUAAAUUA